AUGGCGCUGGAUAACUACUACCGCAAUAAGAUCGAGGGCAUGAAGCUCGAGAUUAUACAAGGCCAGGCAGUUCUACGACGAUUAGAAGCACAGCGCAAUGAUUACAACUCCCGGGUACGCCUGUUGCGGGAGGAGCUCGGUCUGUUGCAGCAACCUGGCUCGUACGUUGGUGAGGUCGUGAAGGUUAUGAGUACCAAGAAGGUCUUGGUGAAAGUACAUCCGGAGGGAAAAUACGUGGUCGAUAUUGCCGACGGUGUAGAUAUCGCCAAGUUGAACGUGGGCAAGCGUGUUGCGCUUUUGUCUGACUCCUACAAGCUGGAGAAGAUGCUGCCAUCCUCCGUCGAUCCCCUCGUUUCGCUCAUGAUGGUGGAGAAGGUCCCAGACAGUACAUAUGACAUGAUUGGUGGUCUAGACCAGCAAAUCAAGGAAAUCAAGGAGGUUAUUGAGCUUGGUCUGAAGCACCCCGAGCUUUUCGAAUCGCUGGGUAUCGCACAGCCCAAGGGUGUUUUGCUAUAUGGACCUCCCGGUACCGGAAAGACACUGCUGGCUCGAGCUGUCGCUCACCACACGGACUGUCGAUUCAUCCGUGUGAGCGGUUCGGAAUUGGUUCAGAAAUACAUUGGUGAGGGUAGUCGGAUGGUGCGUGAGUUGUUCGUCAUGGCCCGUGAACACGCACCAAGUAUCAUCUUCAUGGAUGAGAUCGAUAGUAUUGGAUCUAGUCGUAUAGAAUCGGGAGGUGGCGGCGACUCCGAGGUACAACGUACUAUGUUGGAGUUGCUGAACCAACUUGACGGUUUCGAGCCCACCAAGAACAUCAAGAUCAUUAUGGCGACCAAUCGAUUGGACAUUCUCGACCCUGCCUUGUUACGGCCAGGGCGUAUUGACCGAAAGAUCGAGUUCCCCCCUCCAUCUGUCGAGGCUCGUGCGGAUAUUCUACGGAUCCAUUCUCGGUCUAUGAACCUGACCCGAGGCAUCAACCUGACCAAGAUUGCCGAGAAAAUGAAUGGAUGCUCAGGUGCUGAGCUUAAGGGUGUGUGUACCGAAGCUGGUAUGUAUGCUCUUCGUGAGCGACGUGUGCAUGUCACACAGGAAGACUUCGAUCUGGCCACUGCCAAGAUUCUCAACAAACACGACGACAAGGAAGUUGCCGUGUCGAAGUUGUGGAAGUAG